AUGCGCUUCACUGCCGCCUUUGCCACCCUCUUGGCCAGCACGGCCGCCGCCAACGCCAUCGCUCCCCGCACGGUCGUUGCCGAUGUCGACGCUGAGGUUGAUAUCGACGUCGACAUCGACGUUGACGUCGAGGCCAAGAUUGACGCCCUCAUCAACGUCGAUGCCGAUGUCGAUGUCAAGGUCAAGGCUGCUCUCGAUGCCGCGGUCGACUUCAAGUGCCCUGGCGACAUGACCUACUGCCCCUGGGCCAAGUCUUGCUCGUGCAAGCCCGGUCUGCACCUCGACAUCAACACCAAGAAGUGCACUGGCAAGGCCAUUGUCGGCGCCUGGCUCGAGCCCAAGAUCGACGUCUUUGCCUCCAAGGGCGUCAAGCUCGCCACCUUCUGCGCCAUCUCUCCUUACAAGAUUGUCAAGUACGACGCCAGCCACGAGUACUGCCAGGCCGGUCCCAACACCAUUGCCUUCGUUGCCGCUGCCAGCAUCCUCCUCGAGAUUGAGGCCUACGCUCACGCCGCCAUCGAUGUCACCGCCAACAUCUCCGCCGACCUCAAGGCCACCUGCGCUGGUCUGGCCAGUCUGUAUGUCGCCACCGCCGUCGAGGCCGUUGCUCUCUUCAACACCGACGUCUUCGCCCUCGCUGCUGUCAAGGCCGAUGUCGACGCCAAGCUCAUUGUCGGCCUGUUCGCCAAGGUCAAGGGCCUGCUCUGCGGUCUGGGUCUGGGCAAGUGCAAGGUCGACUGCGUCUCCUACUGCACCAAGGGCUGCAAGAACUUCAUCGAUGUCGGCCUCGACGUCGAUGUCCACAUCGGUGCUCAGCUUGAGGCUCUUGUCGGCCUGUGCAUCCUUCCCAACGUCCUGCUCAUUGUCGGCAAGGCCCACGCCAUCAUCACCGUCGCUGUCGACGGGCUGCUGUGCCUGGUCGGCGGGCUCAUCAAGCUCAUCGUCUCCACCUACGACUGCCACUGCCACUAA